GCAACUUCAUUCCUGAGACUGGGCUGGUAACUUUCUGGGACGCAUGUGUCAUGGAGGCAGUGACAAGCAAACAGGAACUGAACGAGCUCUGAUACGAAACCGAAUUUGAUCACAGGUGAAAUCAGUUUUUAUCUGAGAUUCAUGGAGCCAACGAACCUACAGAAAGCGAUUGCAAUUGCUCAGAAGGCUUCACAGGAAGACCAGACUGGAAACUAUGAAGAAGCUAUUAGGUCCUAUCAACAUGCAGUCAAGAUCUUUCUGCACAUUCUGAAACGUGAGCCCCAGGGCAAGGAUGGAAACCAGAAGAUAAGAGACAGCUGUAAGAAAUACCUGGACAGAGUGGAAGAACUGCAGGCCUACUUAGAUAAUAAACAGAAAGCUAUUGAUCUUGCCAGCAAAGCAGCCCAGGAGGACAAAGCACAAAACUUCGAAGAGGCUCUACGAUUGUAUCAGGCCGCUGUCCAGUACUUCCUUCAUGUUGUAAAAUAUGAAGCUCAGGGAGACAAAGCGAAACAGAGUAUACGAGCAAAAUGUGCUGAAUACCUGGACAGAGCUGAGAAGUUGAAGGAAUAUCUAAAGAAGAAAGAAAAAGCUCCUCCCUCCAAGCCCGUUAAAGAAUCUGGGAGUGAAGACAAAGGAAAUGAAAGUGAUGAAGGUGAUGAUCCAGAGAAAAAGAAGUUCCAAAAUCAGCUCUCAGGUGCAAUUGUUAUGGAGAAACCAAACAUUAAAUGGAAUGAUGUUGCUGGUCUUGAAGGAGCAAAAGAAGCUUUAAAAGAAGCUGUUAUUCUUCCAAUCAAAUUCCCCCACCUUUUUACAGGUAAGAGAACUCCUUGGAGAGGGAUUUUGCUCUUUGGACCUCCAGGAACAGGAAAGUCAUAUUUGGCGAAAGCCGUAGCUACAGAGGCAAACAAUUCAACCUUCUUCUCCAUCUCCUCAUCUGACCUCGUCUCUAAGUGGCUUGGGGAGAGUGAAAAGCUGGUAAAAAAUCUUUUUUGCCUGGCACGAGAACACAAACCUUCAAUCAUUUUCAUUGAUGAAAUUGACUCUCUCUGUGGCUCCCGAAGUGAAAAUGAGAGCGAGGCUGCCCGUCGUAUAAAGACAGAAUUUUUGGUGCAGAUGCAAGGAGUGGGCAAUAAUAAUGAUGGAGUGUUAGUACUUGGAGCAACAAACAUACCCUGGACUUUAGAUUCAGCUAUUCGAAGAAGAUUUGAAAAGAGGAUUUACAUCCCGCUGCCUGAAGAGCAUGCCCGCUCCUUUAUGUUCAAGCUCCAUUUGGGGGCCACUCCCAACAGUCUUUCAGACUCAGACUUUGUAACUCUGGGCAAGAAGACAGAUGGUUACUCUGGGGCAGAUAUCAGCAUUAUUGUUCGAGAUGCUUUGAUGCAGCCAGUUCGAAAGGUCCAAUCUGCAACCCACUUCAAAAGGGUAAGAGGGCCAUCAAGGAAUGAUCCAAACAUACUUAUGGAUGACCUUUUGACACCUUGUUCACCUGGCGAUCCCAACGCUAUUGAAAUGACAUGGAUGGAGGUGCCAGGAGAGAAGCUUUUGGAGCCAGUGGUGUCCAUGCCUGACAUGCUGAGAUCUCUGUCCAAUACGAAGCCAACUGUAAAUGAUCAAGACCUGGAGAAGCUGAAAAAGUUCACAGAGGAUUUUGGUCAGGAGGGCUAAAUACACAGUUAAACUUAACCAAGCCAAAGCAAUGUAUUUGUGGUCAUCUUUACUUGUGUUUCUCUCUGUCCUGGCCUAUUUUUUUGGAAAUUACUGGCCAUGAUAAUAUGCCUUUCUUCUCUCCUAAGAAUGGACUGUGUGUAUUUUAAUUUAAGAGAUUUAAAAUGGCCCUGCAUAUAAAUUGGUAAUAUUUUUUGCAUUUUAAAAGUAAAGUAAACAAAGAUUACAGAAAAAGGCACCCAGUGACUAAUAGACUCUCAGUGAUUGCCUCACUCAACGUAAGUGCCCCUUAUGUGCUCUAUGCGUUAUAUAAGGAAACAUUUUCUAGCCUGUACUGUACUUUGAGGAAUGUAUUUGGACUAGGAGAGUGGUGUUAAGUGUGUAUUUUCUGUUUUUCAGAUUUUUUGAGGAAUAUCAAGUUUCUUAGGUCAGGAUGUUUGUAGAGUUUGACCCAGGGAAAACUUUGCAUUGUGUUUCAGUAGUUUUUUGUUUACUGUUUUUAAUUCAACAUGGUUAAAGGGGUGAAACACCAAAGGUGCCAGACCAGCAUUAUUUUAAACUCACUAGAUAUGAAAUGCUAAAUCACGAUAUGCUUUUCUCCACAUUCUUUUGUACAUAUAUUUUAUUCUAUGUACAAAUUAGGUUUUUGUUCAUUAAAUGAACAGGAAUAUUUUUCCUGCUAACAUGUAGCCUUACAUUAUGCAAAUUUUAAUAUGUAAGGCAAUACAAUACAUGUUAAAGCUCAGAUUUUCUUUUAUUUUUAUAACAUAGGAAAAGUUCAAGAAUAUGCGGCAUGUAGCCAUACAUUGGAGUGUGCCUUCUACAUGCAGAAGUUUUUGGUCAAUUAAAUGCUUGAUCAUAGCUUAAAUAGACUAUAACACUUGCACAUUUCAUGUAUGCUCUAGUAGAUCUUGUAUACAACUGAACUUCGCUCUCAUCAGGUCGACUUUAUUUCUGUUUGGGAAUAUUAUCUUAUUUCACUGUAAAUGUCUACUUAUUAUAGUCAACAUAGAAAUCUUUUCUAAGUGAAAAGGUCUGUAUAUCACACACUAUAUUUCCAUAUUGUAAAUAAAGGUUAAAGCUGAAGGUGG